AUGGCGACGGCACUCAGCGACGAGGUCGAUGUCGAGGGCCAGGCCGAGGACCAGACCGAGGCCAACGAUGUCAUCCCUGGUUUGACUGAGGAGGACCAGGUCGAGGGCCAGGCCGAGGACCAGACCGAGGCCAACGAUUUCAUCCCUGGUUUGACUGAGGAGGACCAGGUCGAGGGCCAGGCCGAGGACCAGACCGAGGCCAACGAUGUCAUCCCUGGUUUGACUGAGGAUGUGGCGAAUGAGCCCGUGAGUCCUCCGAACCGAUGGAACCAGGACAUCUGUGUCAUUUGCCAUGGGGAGAUGAAGCAGGACCAGGCUUUGGAAGCGCUGGUGUGUGGCCACCUCUUUCACAGAGAUUGCAUCAAUCGAUACUGUGACACGACCGGGCGAGACAAG